AUGGCCGCAUCGCCGCCGCGGCCGCCGACGACGACAAAUCCUUCGUCCCCGUCUGCGCCAGAACUCUCACUCCUCCAGGUCCUGCAGUCGCCGGCGUCUGGGCCUUCGCGAUCAUGGCAGUCCAUGCCACAUCCCGACCCAGCGACACCGCUGCUCGCCUCGGCGUCUGCAGACAAAUCCGUGAACAUCUGGAGCUUGCGCGACUUUUCGCUCAUCUCGACCAUCAACGGUGGUCAUAAGCGCAGCGUGCGCACCGUGGCGUGGAAGGACUUUGGGCAGAGCAAGAGCAGCAAGAGUACGAAAAAAGAGAGGAAGCCGGUGGUGCUUGGGACGGGCAGCUUCGACGCAAACGUCGGCAUUUGGAUCUGGAACGACGACCGGCGGUGGGCUCGGUUCCGCGAGCAAGAGAAAGCUUACGGGGGCGGGAAUGGGCCAUUGCAGGCGCAGACUGGGGAGCCCGGCCAGCAGCAUCCAAACACAACUACGAGGGGCGACAAUGUUGGUGCCGAAGCCGAUGCGGAUGUGGAGAUCGACAUGACGCGCGACCCGGACGAAGAAGACGAGGAAUGGCAUUUUUCUACACUGCUGACCGGCCCGGAUUCCGAGAUCAAGUCUAUUGAGUUCUCGCCGCCGCACUAUUCUGCAAACCUGCUGGCGACUUGCUCGCGUGACAAAUCCGUCUGGAUCUGGGAAGAGGUCGAGCCGGAGGAGUGGGAGACGAUCGCGGUGCUGAGCGAACACACCGGCGACGUCAAGUGCGUGAGCUGGUGUGCCGGCGCGCUGAGAGGCAAUGGACGCCAACGGACAAAGGGGGGGAAAUCGGGGGGUGAGGUUUUCGGACAAGCAGAUGGUGAUGACGAUGUCGAGAUGGAAGACACCCAUACCAAUACCCAAAGCAAUGGUGCCGGUGCCGGUACCUAUGCUGACCAUGAUGACCCUUCAUCCGAGCAAGUCGUACUCGGGUCGCGCGAGCUCCUGGCCACCGGAUCUUACGACGACACGAUCCGACUGUGGCGCGACGUCGAGGAGGAGGGCGACUGGAUCUGCGUCGGCGUCAUCGACAGCCACAAAGGCACGGUCUGGGACGUCAAGUGGGAAGGGCACAUCAACUACACCCAGCUCGAUCUGUCGCAGACUCCACCUUCGUUCCAAGACGCGGAUGCAGUCCUGGCCGAAUUCGAAGCCGACUGGUCGCCGCGCCUGGUGUCGUGCUCCGACGACCUCACGGUGCGCGUGUGGCGGCGCGAACUCAGCGAGGCGGAAAAGGCCAGAAAGGCUCAGUCGCGACCGUUGUUGGGUGCCGCUCCCACCGGGUUUGCAGGUACGCGUCUCCCCAGCGUCAUCCGCCCGCCGAGCAGCCUGGAGCACUGGGUCGAGGAUGCCAGGCUACCGCAGGUCCACGUGCGCAGUGUGUAUGCGGUAGACUGGUCUCGUCGCACGGGGCUAGUGGUCAGCUGUGGCGGAGACGGUACUAUUGCCGUGUACAAGGAGGUCAAAGUUGAGGACACAGACGGGGCGCAACCACAUGUCGAUGACAUGGUCAUGAAUGGUACUACUGGUACUGGCGCCGGACCUGGAACUGCCACUGGAUACGCCGACCCCCAGCUUCCAUAUAAACUACACAAGAUGAAAUGGACGGUCGUGGCUCAAAUCGAGGCCGCCCAUGACGAGUACGAGAUCAACCACGUCUGCUGGGCCGUCAGGGGCGACAGGGGGCGUCGAUUCGCAGGAGAAGAGGUCAUUGUGUCGACGGGCGACGAGGGCAACGUGAGGAUCUGGACCUUGCCUGACCACCUUGCGGUUGCGGUUGAGUCUGGUUUGUAA